UUGGUUUCCAAGUGUGCUGUAUAACAACAUAUACUAAAAUGUAAGGCCCACAAGGACUAAGGACCAAACACCAAGAUAUGCUAAACUGAGUUUUGCAUGUCUGCUGGAACCAUGCUGGGAUUCUCCAGAUAAGCACGGGUCAGGAAGAGACAGGGACAGAGAGGAUGUUGUGCAACCUUGUGAAUGUCAUGGGUCGCAGGUUUCUCUGCAAAUCAGCUAGGCUCUGCACAUAGCUCUGAUUGGUCUAGCCAGAGUCUAUCUGGGCUGUGAUUGGUGCAGGCAAUCUGUGGAGAGAGUAUUUACUGGACUUGACUGUGAAACAUCAGUACCUGAAAACCCAGAGGUUCAAAGCUGGUUUCCCUGCUGCCAUCGUCCGAGGUAUAAAGAAGCCUUCCUGUGAAUAACAUGAUGAGGAAAAUCUGGACUCUAGUGGCCCUGAUGCUGCUCUUUCUUGAUCCUGGGGUGUCAGACCUGAGACCUACUAACUUUAUACAAACGGUUUGGCCCAAUCCCUCGCCGUCCUGGAUACAGGCACAGGCCUUCUGCAGAGAACGAAACCUAGACCUGGUCACCAUCGGCAGUGAAAGGGAGAAUCAGCUGUAUGUCCUAAACGCGGGAUGGAUGGGUCUGUACCGAGAGAACUCAACCGCUGCGUGGAAAUGGUCCAGAAGAGGCGAGACAGCCAACUUCACUAACUGGAGAACCGGUGAACCAAAAGAUCCUAAUAACUGUGCUUUUAAGUUCGCCAAUGACCCCCAAUGGGUGAGCGAUCUCUGUGGAAACAAACACAGUGUGAUGUGUUCCGACGAGACGCUGGUCCUGGUGAAGGAGAACAGGACGUGGGAGCAGGCGUUAAACCACUGCAGGAGUCUGGAGGCGCUGGACUCGAGUCAGCCAGCCACUGCUUACCAGAACUACCGCUAUGACCUGGCCAGCCUGCUCACUCUAGAUGACCACGUCUACGCACAAGAGAAGGCACAAGAUGCUACCACUGAUGAGGUGUGGACGGGCCUGCGGUACCUGGCGGGGCAGUGGCUGUGGGUGGGCGGAGAACUAGUGCAGUACCCGGCUAUUGGAAGCUGCCCGACUCAUACAGCCUGCGGCGUUCUGAAGAACGGCAUCCCGGGGUUCGGGACCAUGGACUGCACGUGGAAGAGGAACUUCAUCUGCUACAAGCAGCGUUAGAAGAACAUAACUUCUCCUUCUUUAAGAAAGUCAACUUCUUCCUUCCUUGUUCAUGUUUUAAUUCUGUGAUUACUGUAAGAUUUCAUUUUAUAUAUAUAUAUAUAUAGGUCCAAAAGGUCAGGGUUAGGGUUUUCAGAAAUCAUGUCAUCCAAAAUAUUACAUAUAGUUAGAAUGGAGCCUUUAUUUAUAUCCUGUUUUACUCUCCCCAUGAGUUUGUUGGGUUUUGUACUGCACUAAGACUUUACAGCUGUAGGUGAAGGAAUAAAAUCCAAAAUAAAAUUAAAUACAUUUACAAGUCAUGCUGUGACAUUGUAUUUCAAUAUAUAUAUAUAUAUAUAUAUAUAUAUAUAUAUAUAUAUAUAUAUAUAUUUGAACUGUAAGUAGAGUUGUUUACACUUUAUUUGAAGGUAUCUACAUAAACAUUAUAUAUGUCAAACAUUUAUGACAUAUGCUUCUUUUUAGGAAGUGUCAUUGAGUUUUGUCAUGACUUAGUGUUAGGGUUCAUGUGUCAUGACAGUGUUAUGUCAUGUCACUCUUAUGCAGAUACCUUCAAGCCCUAACCUUAAAGUCUUACUGUAUAGUUUCAAAAAUAUUCCAUAACCUAUGUUAUCAUUUUGUUAGUAAGCACUAUGUACCUAAAUCUAAAUUACAUUACAUUUUGACAUCAUCAACCUUCCCCUUGUGUCAUAGCUGGUGUUCAACUCCUCCGACGAGACUAAAUAUGUUCGCCAACGACCUUUGUUCCAUGAUGACGACGAGACGCUGACUGAGACUAA